AUUUGAUAAGGUACAGUCAUCAUUCAGAAGGGAAAGCCGGUAGAUCAUGUGUACUGAGGUGUUCCUAACCAGUUACAUGAGUCCGAAGAGUAUAGUUUGUUAAGAGGAUGGCGGGGGAAAUGUCAAUACUAGGGUCGGCAGUCCUAGCCCUUUUCCUGGCUGGGUACUUGGGCCAGCAGUAUUUGCCACCUCCAAAACCCAGAGUGAUUGGGCUGGACCUGGGCACGACGUUCUGCUCCGUGGGGGUGUUCCACCCUGGAGUGGGGGACGUGGAGGUGAUCGGGGAUGAGGAGGGGCGGAAGAGCAUCCCCAGUGUCGUGUCCUUCUCCCCCUCGGGAAUCCAUGCUGGAUACGAGGCGCAGGAGCUGGCUGACGCCAACCCUUACAACACCAUCUACGAUGCCAAGAGGUUCAUUGGCAAGCUUUUUAAACCCGAGGAGCUGGAACGAGAGGGCGCUCAAUACCAGUUUAAGGUGGUAUACAACAACAGGAGUGCAGAGUUCUCAAUAUCAACCAAUCGCACGUUCACAGUCACUCCGGAGUUCAUCGGCUCUCGCCUCCUGCUGAAAAUGAGGAAGAUGGCGGAGAAGCAGCUGGGAGUUCCCAUCACUAAGGCCGUCAUCUCCGUGCCUGCAGAGUUUGACGAGAGACAGAGGAACUAUACCAUCAGGGCAGCCAACCUUGCAGGUCUGGACGUCCUGCGGGUGAUCAACGAGCCCACUGCUGCCGCCAUGGCGUAUGGGCUCCACAAGGCCGAUGUCUGCAGUGUGCUGGUGGUGGACCUGGGCGGAGGGACCCUCGAUGUGUCCUUGCUGAACAAGCAGGGGGGCAUGUUCCUCACAAGGGCCAUGGCAGGGAAUAACAAGCUGGGGGGCCAGGACUUCAACCAGCGGCUGCUGCAGUACGUGGAGCAGCGAGUCCGCCAGCGGCACGGGGCCCUUCCGUCGCGCAAGCAGGACAGGCACCAGCUCCGGCAGGCCGUGGAGCGGGCCAAGCUCAGCCUGACCCUCCAGCCCAGCGCCGUGCUGCGGGCCCGGCUCGGGCACGAGGCCGGGGGCGUCCUGUUCGAGGAGCUGAUCACCAGGGAGCUCUUCGAGCAGCUGAACGUAGACCUCUUCCAGAAGAUCCUCACCCCCAUCGAGGAGGUGCUGAGGGAGGGCCAGCUGGACAAAAGGGAAGUAGACGAGAUCGUCCUUGUUGGGGGCUCAACCAGAAUUCCCCGGAUUCGCCAGCUCAUCCGCGAGUUUUUCGGGAAGGAGCCCAACACCUCUGUGGACCCAGACCUGGCGGUGGUGACUGGUGUGGCGAUUCAGGCGGGGAUAAUGGGCGGCUCCUGGCCACUGCAGGUCAGCGCUAUCGAAAUACCCAACAGGCACUUACGCAAGACGAACUUCAACUGAUGUCCUUAUUUAUUUUUAUUGUUCCCGGACGCCAUCUCGGCUUUCCCCAGGAUCACCGUGUAUGUUCCUACAGGCCGAGCUGUUCCUGAUAAGUAGUUUGCUUUGUACGGCAUUUGAAUUAAAAGAAAACAUGAACCAGCUUACCAGCUCACUUCAGAACCAUGUCAUUCCAGAUAGUUAUGAGUUUGUUUUAAAAAUGGUCAGUCCGUGCUGAGGAAUAAACUCACAGGUUUUAUUAAAAAAUGCAAAAAGAUUUGUAAGUACAGCUUGAGUCCCCGAGCGUCACGGAGACGUAUUGAAAUGAUUUUAACUUUUAAAAUGCUCCCUCGUCGUACCUGCUGAACUUCCAGAGCAAGGCCUGGGGUGAAAGCCUUGUGUUAUAUUUCUGUAAUAAUGUUCUGGCCAGAGGGAGAGGACAGAUCCCCCUGCCCAGGGGACAUCUGCACCCGAGGGACAGAUCUGCGAUGUUGUGGGUAUUUGGGUGCAUGAAGGAUCUUUCGUGGGAUCAAAUUCUGUGUUAAUGAAAACAGAAUUCUGCCAGACAGUUUUUUGAUGAUUGAUAUGUACUUACAGUAACUCUGCCACUGAGUUUCCGUAAUUGUGCUUUUCCUGAGGGAGUAAAGUGACUGCAUUUCUCACUAAAACUGGUGAGGAAGAGGAAACAAAUAGUAAACUGUUAAGCGGUUUUGAAGCUUUCAGACAUAUGCUAAAGGACCCCUGGACCGAGGUACUCCUACCCCACCCUGGUGUUUUGCUGUGGGGCUUUUAUAAGGUGCAGCAAUUUGCUACUUUUCACUUAAAAACUCACUGGGAAGAUAUUUGGUUGUUGCUUGCAGGUCUAUGGUUUAAAAUCCAAAAAGAGCUUUUAUUUAUAACUGUGUGGACAUCUCAUUCCAUCCCCUGCUCUCACUGUCCCAUCUUUGGUGUCUUCUUGAAAAAGAAGCUUUAGCUCCCCCUGCUGGCGACCUAACUCCUGUGAACUCAGAGCUGCAGAAGACUGAGACUGAGUGCAUUUCAUCAAACCUAAGAAAGUGUUUUAAUUUGCUUUAUGCUUUUGUUGCACAAUUGUAUAAAAGGAAAGCCUAAACGUAUGCAGCAGUCAAACUGGUGAUUUUGUGUAAGCGACAAUGUGCACUCCGACCUUAUUUGCAAGCAAAUUCAGAGAACUGCAGUAAACGUGGAAUACAUUGUUAAACUGCCCGAGUGCAGGUCAGUUACUUAAUGGGGUAGGAUGCCGCUGUCUCUUAAAGAGCAAACUUCACCCUGAACAUGAAAACAAGACAGAAUAUCCCUCACUAAAUGGACAGCUAAGCUGCGGCUCUUAAGGAAUCAUUUAACCUGUUCAUGCCAUAAAGUAAACUGGUGUCCUUACUGUACAGGGAAUAACUACAAAAAGAGUGCCUUUUUUUAGUCUUUUCAAGAAUAGUAGGGUUAAUACUUCAACCUUCAAUCUAGGUUGGGGUAAACAGUGUAACCUUACCACACAGAGUGACGGAGGUUUCACCAUGGAACUUUUUUCCAGCAUACUUGACAGGAGAAAUGGGACCAGUCUUGUCAUUCUCCUUUGUUUUGUGGACCCACUGAAUGAGGGUUAAAGUAGGUUGGUGUUUAAUUCUGUAGCAGGUAAUGGAAGUUUAAAACAGCAGCUGGACACUGUCUGUCUGAAUUCAGAAAAUGUGAAUAUAUUUGUGGACCUGGUUACUCAUUCCAAUGAAGACUAAGGUUUUCUGCUGUAUGUAAAGGAGCUAUUUUAGUAAUUAUUUUCAGUUUACAGCUGUAAUGUCUAUAUAUAUAUAGGGGAAAAAAUAAAUCUGGAAAUGUA